UAUGUAAAUGGAUUUUUAUGACUGUCCUGUCCACCAACAGGGAUUGCCUGGUAUGGAAGGAUCACCUGGCCCUAAAGGAGAUCAUGGUCCUUUGGGUCCCCCAGGUCCUCGUGGUGAAGCUGGCUUUGAGGGACCGGCGGGGCCAUUAGGAACACAAGGUCCAAUGGGUUUCCCUGGUUUACUGGGUAGAAGAGGACCUGAUGGAGACAAGGGAGAUGCUGGACCCAAAGGAGAAAAGGGUGUCCAGGGGGCUCCAGGGGUUCUGGGCCCCCAGGGAGAGCAGGGCCAGAGUGGUUCUCCGGGGUUUCCGGGGCUGAAAGGUCAGCCCGGUCCAAAGGCAAUUCAGGUACAGGGCCCGACUAUGGGCAUAUCCUGGUCUCUCUCUAUUAGGAGUGCACCAAGAAUAUGUUACACGAUAGAUUUGAAUACCAACAGAAAUUAGAAAAAGAAAAAUAACUGGCUGAUUCAUUUUGGCUUUUUUUUUCACUCACAGGGUGAAGAUGGAGAGUCUGGGCUUCAGGGGAAACUGGGCAGACAGGGAUCAAAGGUCAGGCAGACAAGUUGUCUGUUUAUUAUGAAAGUUUGAAGGUUACACGUGCGUUUUAAGGUGACACCUGUAUUUUGUGUGUUUUAAUAAAGGGGGGCAGGGGACCAGAUGGGAUGAAAGGAAAGGCAGGACCCAGAGGACCAAGGGUAAAAACAUCUCUUUUGAACUGAUGAUGCCUUCUGCAACAUACUUUAU